CUUUUAUGUAUAUAUACAAUCGGACACGUAUUGAUCCUAAAUUCUCAAAAAAUCGUACUUUAAGUCGAAUUUUCAGAAGAACUGAGCUAUUGCAAUUAUGGAUAUUCAACACAUUUCUCUACUUCUGGUUGUGAUUUUAACAAGUCACUUAUUUAUAAGCAACGGAUCAGAAUUAAACGACAAAUUCCUCACUGAAGCUCAAUGUAUUUCAUCAGCUGGAGAUCAAGAAAUGUGCAACGCAUAUUUAGAUCUUGUCUCAAUAUUACCCGAAAAACAUCUUAAACCGUACUAUGAUUGUAUGAAUAAAAUACUACCAAAUGGACUUGGAAAAUGCAGUGAAACUGAGGAAUUGUAUGGAAGUAAAGAAAAAUUAGAAGAGUUAAAUGCCUGUUAUAAGAACAAUACCGAUCUACCGGACGGUAGUGAUUGGACAACAAAUCCUGAUUUCAGAGAUUUUAAGGAUGGUGUCUCGAUAAUCGGUGUCAAAUGUUUGGCACAAAAGAGAGAUUGUAAAAAGUAUAAAGAAAAUGAAUUAUAAUGCCUUGGCUUCCAUCCUUUUUGUAUUCAUUUAUUUAUUUUGCACCUCACUUUUAAUAACUUAUAUGUUUGUUAUUGAAUUUUUAAAGCAAUAAAUUACAGAUAAUAUUUGUGCACAGGGAAAUAGAGUUCAAUUUGUAAUAUAUGUUGAAUUAACAUUUCAAAAUAAAGAAUUUUUCAACGAUAGAA